AUGCCCGACAUUGCUCACCCAGCAGGCGCGGGCCUGCCGGACGAUAAUCAAGGGCCACGAAUUCUCGCCGCCACGACGAUAGCCACCGGAUGCGCCUUCAUUACUGUCCUGGCCCGCGUCUACGUUCGACUAUUUGUCAUUCGAAAUGUUGGACUCGAUGAUUACACCAUGAUCUUAACGAUGGCACUGUCACUCGCUGGAUGGGCCAUUAUUAUCCCCGAGGUUCGGUACGGCGCAGGCCGGCAUACAGCCUACGUCUUGGACACGGCCACCAUGGCCACGCAUUUGAAUUUCGCCACACAGGCCAUCUAUAUGUGGGCAAUUGGGCUGGUCAAAAUCUCCAUCGGGCUCUUUCUGCUGCGAUUUGCGCCGCGUAGAGGAUACAAGGUCUUUAUAUGGGUCGUGAUCGUCCUGAUGUUCCUAUAUACUGCCAUUUGCUUUUUUACUCUUAUCUUUCAAUGCAAGGACAUUCGGUCGAUUUGGGACCAGUCGGUCAAGUCCGAGUGUUUUAAGCCUCCUCAGCUGCUGGCCUUGAGCUAUACCAACACCGCACUCAACAUCCUCACCGAUCUUGUCUUUGCCAUCUUGCCAGUCUUUAUGCUGAGGCACUUGCAAGUCAAUCGCCGAGUGAAAGCCUCGUUGAUGUGUAUACUGGGUCUGGGAAUCUUCGCCUGUGCCGCCGCAUGUGUCAAAGUCUCCGUCCUGCCGAACUACGGCCGCACGGGCGAUUUCCUCUGGGACUAUUCCGAUCUGACGAUUUGGGUUGUUGUCGAGUCCAACAUGGGCAUCAUGGCUGGUAGUCUGCCGACCCUGAAGCCGCUGUUCAAGCAGGUCUUGGGCAGCUACGCUUCGCGAUCCAAAACUCGACCGUACACGUACGGAAGCAAGCCUUAUCGCCUACACUCGUUGUCACAAUCCGGUCACCAACGCUCCCAAACCUUGCGCAGCGCAAACCAGAGCGGCUGGGAACCCGAGGCGGAUCAGAAACGACCGCAUCAGGCCUCGCGAGAAUACGUGACGACGACCACGACGACCAGUUAUCCUCAUAAAGGCGGCAACAAUUCCAGCGAAGAAUAUAUCCUGUCGUCUCGCGACCCGGACGCCAUCACGCUGACCACAGAGGUGCUGGUGUCGCGCUCGCCGGAUGCUCGGCCAGGACGCAAUCAACCCGGGGCUCAUUCGGCCGGCGGCAGCUUUGGACAAGCCAACAUGGUUUAG